AUGGCCAACACAACACAGCCGUGGCUCGAGGACCUCUCGGAGGAAUGGAUACCGCAGGGCACGCCGCAGGCAAUUGCGCGCGAUCCAGGCAGCGCUGCAUCUACACAGACGUCACAGAGUGUACCACCGAAACCACGAAGCCGCCUUCCCCGCAUGAGGCAGUCGUCGGGCUCGCUCUCUGAGAUCCAAGUCGACGCAAAAGGCCUGCACCCGCCGAAGAGAAGGAGCGCAUUGGCCGAGCGCAGCCUCAGCGACAACAACAUCGCCCCGUCAUCGCCCGAGGUUUCAUACAUGGCAGCCUCGCAGUCGGCCUCAUUUUCUCCCUCGUCGUUGGCGCAGAGCUCGAUACUGUACGGCACCGUUGCGCACAAUACGGUCGCGAAGUCGCCCGUGAAGGAGACAGGAGGUCACGGAACGCCAGAAUGGAGGCGCAGGCUGGUGAAGGGCGAGCUGGGCUACGGCGAUCAGACUGAUCUAUUCGGCAACACAGGCCUGCAGAACAUCUUCCAGAAGCCCGCUGGAAGCCCUGUCGAGGAGCCACAACAGGCAAAGGGCAAAUUGGGCCUCUUGAAGGGACUGGGCGCGAUAUCUUCCAGCCCCCCGCCGUGGCCAGCACGACAACAGAAGAAGGAUGAAGAUACGCACGCGGAAGAAGUCGCUGAACCCGAGCCGCACAACACACACAAGAACGACUCAGUACCAGACGAAUCGGAUUUGUCCCUCAUUCGUGCGCCGCACACUGCCACACAGAGUGCGACGCGAACCGUCAGCGGUCAGAUUGAGUUCGAGAACGAAGGCUUCAGCCCGGUCUACCUCACGACAAACCUGAAGGUUGGGCAGCCUCCUGCCCCAACACCGAACUUCAGAGGCUCCGAACUUGCGAACCGACUGCGCCAGAUCGGGUCACCACCACAAGCCCAUUACCAAUCCAUUACUGAGGUGAGUAUCCUCAGCCACAGCCAGGAAGACUCAUCGCUUGCACGGCUACAAGACGAAUCGUUGCCAGAAGGCCUCCCAGCUGGUACUCCGGACUUGGCAAACGUUGGCCGAUAUGUAGAACUUCGACGGGGCGGAUACUCGCGAGAUGGCUCUUUCCGCCAUCGUGCGCUCAGCCCUUCACCAGACAAGACGCAAUCCUGGGAGGGAACAAUUGCACGACCUGCGAAACCACAGCCAUCGCGGGACAAAACCAACGAUGCUCCUCCACUGGAAGCCUCAAAUCCAAAGACACCACAUCGACAUGGCAAUCAGUUCCUGAGCCCGGAGAGGGCCAAGAACUCGGGCAGUCCUUUGAAGCUGUUCGACGCGCACGACACAUUUACAAGUAAUCGGCUGCAAAGACGACUGAGUCAGCUCGAAAUCAAAUCUGACAAGACUGUCACCAGCAGUGAUCAAGGCACCAGCACCAAAACAGAAACCACGAAGACGGUGCAGAAAACUUCUACGCUCACCUCAGUCGAAGAGGUCAGCAUGCAAAGAGUGACGACCGAGCAGGAGCACGCCCAUCGUCGAGUGAGCGCUUUCGGCCAAGGGCAGCUGAACGAAUAUGAGUUUUCCGGUGAAUUUUCCGAUCAAUCCUUCGACGACUUCGAUGCAGACAAUAGUGCGCCUGAUGGAUCGCCAUCGAUGGAUGUUGCGCCCCCUGGCAGCCGUCAGCCCUUCAGAUUCCAUGUCGAAGACUCCCCCGUCUCUCCGACGGAUGAAUCCGAAGAGCAGCUGGAGGUACAGCAAGAGUAUACAGAGGGCAAGCGGGGCCCGACAUCACCUUUCAAGAACCCAACGCCCAAACGCAGAAGGACAAUUCCAUCAGCAGGCGAUGACGAAGAGCAAGAGGAUGUGUUCAGUGAUGGAGGUCUCAACAGCACUGAGAUCAUGGAAGCAACGGAAGCUUUCAUCAUGUCGUCACCGAAACUCAACUCUAUCAAGGAACAACUGGAAUCACCUAAAACAACCGACGCCAAAACAGAAGAAGCUCGGGCUGCCGCGAUUGCUAGCGAAGUUGCGGCUUUUAGUAUGAAGAAGCAGAAGGCUGUGCGCGAUGAGAGCCGCAAGCGCUCGGUUACCACGCAGGACUUUUUGGACGAAGCUGUCAAGAUAAUGAACUUCAUCCGCACUAAAGGCCGACCGAGUAGCGGUCUGGGUAGUCUUGAAGAGACUGAGCAAGAGUCAGAGCUCGUGGAGAACACCGAAGUACAUUCCUCAAGCUUACUUACCUUCGAUCGGCCUCCAAGCAGAGAGGGCCGCACGUCGGCAUGGAAAGAGCCAAACAAGCACCAACUGGACCCGAAUGUUAUGAGUCACCUACGCAAGUAUCAGGAGAAGGAUACGGACACGUUUCUCAACUCAUCGGUGAACUCUCUUCGCUUAUCUCGGGUGAGAGGAUCUCAAACGCCAGAAGAUGAGAGUGUAGUGAUUGAGCAGGACGACAUCCGCAUCACUGACAAUCCGAACCGACACAAGAGGGCAGAGCCCACAGACGAGGCUGGCGGAUCGCAACCACGGACUAAUGGCACUCUACCGUCCACAGGAUCCUCCUUCGGCCAGACCAUAGUGACAAACGCUUCACGUCGGUCGGACCAUGUUGCUACCCUCGCCCCCGAAGCUGUAGCACAUCUGAUACCCCAAGAAGUCGCCGGCAUGACUUUCGAUCGCGAGAAGAACAUGUGGGUGCGUCAGAAAAGUCCGUCGAAGGAGCACAGGAAGUUCGAGGAGGAUCUCACCAACUUGAAUGACAGCGAGGAGGACCCUUUUGGAAACAUACCAGAUCUGACCGUGGACGACACGAACGAGCAGGAUGUCGGGAUUACUCUGCCUGUCCGUCCAAAGCCCACAUCAGAGACUAUACUGGAAGACACAGAACAGCCCGUCCUGGAAGAAGAGGAGCGCCCAGUCACUCGGGAGGGUAAAGGCACCAUAUGCACCGACACGAGCUCUGUGCCAUCGAAGAUGUCGAAUUUCGCGUGGAGCUACCCGAAGACAGAGACCAGAAACACCUCAUGGAGUACGCAAGCGCCACGAAAAUGGAGUUCCCAGAAGGCGCCACAAAGACAAACGACAUAUGCUAUACCAGAGUCUGACGAAGGCGAUGUCGAGCACGAAAUCCAGUACUUUGAGGGACGGGGCCAUGCGGAUACGAAGGUGCAGAAUCAUCGUGUCCGAGACAUAACGAUCUCCAUAGCCGAACGAGAUUUUGCAGACACAGAGCACCGUACCGCCCAUCCACCUAAACGCGAUCAACCCAAUUGGCAAAAGGCGGCGACUCAGAAGCAUCUAGGCACUUCAAACACACUUCCUCAUGCCCGAGUAAACCGCGCGCCGAUGUUCAAUGGAGAUGGGGAUCUGUCCCUCCUCGACGAACUGCCAUCCAAAAACUACCGGAUGCAACUCUCUAUGAGCGUUUCAGCACCCGUCCUUACCCAUGGCGACCGCAAUACGCUUGCAGUUCCCUCUUCCCCAGCGAAGGGAGACGUCACCUUUAUGUUGAGCGAUCUACCAGAAUUCACUCUCAACCAAAUUGAUGAAUGUGAAUUGCCAAAUCGUGUGGUAGUGAAGCACGAUGGUACACGCUUUUCCAAGGCACUUGAAGAUCGCUAUGCGCAAGGGACGGCUGAGCUUGUUAAGGCACUACAGGAUGUCGAACCUGACGAGCCCUACUGGGAGGAUCUGCGAAAAGUCGACCUGCACGGAAAGAGCCUUAGCACCCUUAACCGACUGGAUGAAUUGUGCUACCAGCUUGAAGAGCUUGACAUGUCGAACAACAGUAUCAGCCAAGUAGGUGGUAUACCCUAUACCAUGCGACGACUACAAGCGCAAAACAAUUGCCUACAUGGCCUGACUUCUUGGACCACUUUGCUCAACCUGCAGCACCUCGAUAUCUCGAACAAUGAGAUUGACAGCCUCGAUGGUCUUGCUGAGCUCGUUCACCUUCGUGUGUUGUUAGUCAACAACAACAAGAUCAAGUCUCUGGAUGACGAUAAUGAGAUCGAAGAGUUCCCUUUGUUCGAUGGAGCGGCUGGACGAUGCAAGUCUUUACGAUCAUUACGCCUCUGCCGAAAUGGCACAGCGCUGCUGAACGUAGACGGCCACUUCCCAAGGCUCGAGACGUUACAUGUGGAUGGCAACUGUCUUGCGUAUGUGCCAGGAUUGGAACAUCUUCGACAUCUCCGCACUUUCUCUGCACGAGACCAGAUGCUCAGUAGCGACUCUGAUGUCGAAACUUGCGUCAGCAACCUCGUGCGAAACUCUGAUGUUCGCAACCUGUAUAUCUCCCUCAACCCUACGCACGGGUUGGAAAUCUCACAGCAUCUGUUGAACCUACAGCGCCUCGAGCUAGCAUCCAUGGGUCUCAAAGAAUUGCCAGAGAAGUUUGGGCAACUGACACCGAACAUCCGGUCCAUCAAUCUCAACUUCAAUUCGAUUAAGGAUCUACGGCCUCUCCUUAACAUCAAGCGACUGGAUGAGCUUCUCUUGGUAGGCAACAAACUCGAACGCCUUCGUGCAAAUGCAUUAGUCCUAGGCAAACUCGGAACACUGUCAAAACUGGACUGGCGCGAUAACCCUCUUACGCUACGCUUCUACGCCCCUACAUCCGAGAACCGAAUCAUAUCACUCAGACAGAAGCCUUCUGACGAGCAACUAACAGAUCGCUUCGUGUUGCCAGAUGGAGAUUCCGAAGCAGACUGCAUACAUCUUGAACGGUUGGACUUUGAAACUCGCAUCAGGCGACGCGUGACUGAGAUGAUGCUAGCAAACCUCUGCAAGAACCUCAGGGAGCUGGACGGCCUAGUGUUCGACAAGGCGCGUGUCUUGAUAAAGGACGAUAUCUGGGAGCGUAUGCUCUUGCUCGGUGUCAUUCAACGCAAGCAGCCCGAGCAGAGCAACGAUCACGGGGAGUAA